AGAAAGAACAGUCAAAAUGUAGGCAGGGCACAGGACAAAGCACAAUGUUUUACUAUAUAUAAUAUUCAAAUUAUAUAUAUAAAAAUUUCAAAUUUGCCGCCGGUUCUGGCACCCGUACGUCCCGACGUCACAGGGACCGGAACAACGGAAGCCGGAUGCUGGCAUCGGCCGAAGGAGAUGGCCGGGGACACUGCAGGGGACACAUCGCGGGAGCGAAGGAUAAGGUAAGCGCUGCAGGGACUCCCUGAGCAACGCCGCAUGGUAAGCCCAGUGUAGCUCGGGGUUACCGCUCUUGGUACUGAAAU